CUUCUCCUCCACCUAUGGCAAUUCAUCUCCGACAAGAACAUAGCCCGGUUGCGAGGCGAGUCGAUAUGCCUGGAAGGUGUUCGUAAAAUUGUCUCAAACGACGAGGGCUUCCUUCUAGGCCUCGCCUGCGCGGAGCUCGCCGAGAAUCUCCGGCUGGUGGCCAAGUCCGUGGGGCGCAUCAGCAAGAAAUGUGAGGACGCCUCUCUCCGAUGCUUCGACCACCUGUUCGAGGAGUUCGCCAACGCCGGGUGCGAUCACCACAACUGGCUGAUGAUGAGCGCCAAGGAGAUGGAUUCGAAGAUGAAGAAGCUGGAUCACUUCGUGGCCAUGACCGCCACUCUGCACAGGGAGAUGGACGAGCUGGUGGCGCUCGAAAACGGGCUGAAGAAGUCCGUGCAGGGCGGAGGGAAGGAGCAGAAAAUGAUGGAGUUGCAGCAGAAGAUCCUUUGGCAGAGGCAGCAGGUGAAGUACAUGAAAGAGAAAUCUCUGUGGUGCAGAAGCUUCGAUACCGCCACGUCUAUCUUGACCAGAUCCGCCUUCACGGUCCUCGCCAGGAUGAAGCUCGUCUUCGGAGUCGCCAUGUCGCUCCCCCGCAGCCUUUCCUCCUCCGACCACCUUCAACCCUCUGUCGGCACUCCGCGAGAACUAGAAGCAAGCCGAGCUUUGUUUUGAGAACUACAGCUAUAGCUAUCAAAAGAUACCGCAGCUAUCAAAUGAAAACUCCUAGAACAGGCUACUGUAGGCAGCCGAAAAAGAGGAAGCUGCGUUUGUUUUGAGAUGCAAUACAUAGGGAGGGUUUACUCUAUUUAUAGAGGAGAAAAAGGAAGAAGCAGAAGCAAAACCAGAAGAAAAGAAAGAAAUAAAAAAGGAAGAAGAAGAGAUUCCCUAGCCACCAAUGUGUACGAAGAAAAGGUGGAGUUCCAGCUGUUCUUUGCAAUUUUCAGUGGGCUAUGAACAACCCU